AUGUUUCCAUGCGGCAACGACAUGAUCAGUGGAGCUUCCAUCGCAUGUACCGAAAACAACAUUGCUGCGCCUAAGGAACUUGACACAACUGCAGAACUACACUGGAAUACUGCCGAUGUGCCUUUGUCAUUGAUCAUUCCCACGUUCAACCUGCCAACUCUGAGUGUACCUGCUGUCACUACUACAUCCCAUGCCGUUGGACAAGGUGCACGGACAGCGACGAAUACCGCACCUAGUGCAACAAUGGAGGGAUCGGCUGGAAAAGCACUUUUGAAUGUCUUACGACUCUGGAGACUCUGCUGGAUUUUACUUCUCAUCAAACAUGUCUUUCACUAG